UCACGGACGGCCGGGCGGACCUGGCGGGCCUGGCCCCCAGAGUCGGCACCACAGACGCGGAGCAUGCCCUCAGCCUUCGAGGAGGUGGCCAGGAACGCGCUGCAGGAGCUGGACUGCGGGGAGCUCGUCCCCGUGGGUAGCCUGUGCCAGGCGGCCGGCUUCCAGCCCUACAGCCUGCUGGCGAGGAAGACCUGCGGCUCGUUAUUCUGGAAGACGCGCUAUAAGUGCGUGGACCUGACCCUCAGGGACCUCCUGGAGCCGGACGCCCCAGAGCCAGACACAGUGCAGGACGGCCCCUUCCACUUGCACGAUGCCAUCGACGGGAAGCUGAAGGGCAGCGGGGAGCUGACCUCGCCGGCGGUGCAGGGGCGUCUGUCGCUCCUGCUGGCCAGAGGCUGCGCGCGGCAGCGGCCCCAGGCGAGCACCCCUCGCGCUCGGGCCCACAGACGCCUGCGGCAGCCGGAGCCCAAGAUCCUGCAGCAGCUGCGGCGCCGUGGGGACAACCUGUACGUGGUGACCAAGGUGCUGCGGACGCUGGGCGAGGCGAAGGUCACGCGCACGCUGAAGCAGGAGGGCUCGGGCCAGAUGGCGCUGCUCUCUGCCGUGUGCCUGAAGGGGAAGGGCGAGGGCCACCUGAGCCGCGAGCAGACGGUCACCAUCCCCGAGGGCAGCGUCCUCGCCUUCCAGCCGGCCCUGCUGACCAUCGACUCUAACUGGGAGGUCCUGCUCUUCCCCGACAAGAAGCAGAAGACCUUCGGGCCCCCUAAGCAAGGCUUCCUGCAGCGGGCCGGCCUGGGGCUCUUCCCCGCCUCCGGAGACAGUGUCCAGUCAGAUGCGGCUGCCCAGAGCUACACGCUGGCCGAGGACUGGCAGGGCCUCCAGGCGGAGGUGGCUGAGCAGCAGGGCCUGUGCGUCCUGUCGGGGCAGCUGUGCGAGCAGCUGCUGCACGGCCUGGCCGAGCUGCUGCCGGGCGAGGCGGCCCUGCAGCGCCUGGAGGAGUCGGUGAGCCGCGGGACGGCACGAAGGCCAGCUCCCAGGCGCCGGCCGGCGGGGGCAGGCUGAAGAAGAGCGGCAGCUGCUGCACGGCCUGGCCGGCGUAGACGGUGGCGUCGGGCACGGCCUCCGACUGGAUCCUCAGGCGCAGCCAGACGAGGGUCCCGGA